AUGAAUCUGCAUAUGCACUUCAUUACGGGUCUUGACAUGCUGUAUCAAUCUACAAAAAAGUUAACACAAGUGCUGGAAGCAGAACGAGAUUCUGAAAAGUUUCAGCCUCUACCAUUUCACUAUGUAGAAAUAUCAAGGCUUCUUUUUGAUUAUGCCCGAGAAGACAUUCAGGAUGUAUAUAUGGUAAGGUCUCUAAUUGAGGACAUCAAGGAUGUGCGUUUUCACAAAAUUGGAACUGGCUUGGAGAUUAUCUCGAGGGAACGUACUUAUGCGCUGAGGCUUAAAAAUCUAUCAGCUAUGGAAGCAAAUAUAGUGCGUCCAUUUGUUACAAGAGCUCUGGAGACGUUUUAUAAGCUCAGCAGUCCUGAGAUGAUACAAGAAUCAGACCACCUAUCUAACAGACAACCUCAAGUAACUAAUCGUGGGCCAAGACGGCAACUGAAAGAUAGAUGA